AUGUUGGCGCUUACGUCAGCGUAUCUCGCAGCCCCCGCCGCUGGUGAAAAUGGCAAGGAGCUUCCGUGGGACGGCCGUGGACACGGUUUAACCGUCAAAACGAUCACGGACAAGUACUUGACGCACAUUCUGACCAUGCGCAACGGCGGGAAUUCGGGCAACGUGUCGGAUUACGUUUCUAUUGAUCAAAAGGGUCGCAUACCCGGUUAUAAUAAAGAUACGGGCGUUAUAAACAUUGCAGUGGAUGCAAAGGCUAUCUUUAAGGAACAAUACAAUUUCCGCCGUUCGGAGCUUGUGCAAAUCAUCGUUGGCAACACCAAGGGCACGACGUUUUUUCGUGCGAGCGUACAAAAGGUGGAAGCGUUUUAUAACAAAUUCACUUGGCAGAUGUUCUUCGACGAGGCCGCCAUGUUUAAUGUCCGUAUCGAUGCCUCAACCAGUCCUGCCAAGAUCAAUUACGUCAACGGCGGCACUUGGGACUCCAAGUGGAGUACCAAUUUCAUUACUGGUACGUGGUAUAAUUUUGGCAUUGCCGUUUCUGCUUCCGAGACGGGUAAAGGCUCAAGACUUGAUUUCUACGCAAGCACUGGCAACGAUGACCUUGUUCUGAAGACCACCCAUCACGUGUUGACAACGCUUCCGUCAUUGUACGAGUUACAUAUUGGUCUUCUCACUCUCACGGACGAUGGAAGCCAGCCGAUAAUGAACCCAAACAGGGAUAUCUUGAUGUUCAACGGUGUGUCUGCGGACAAGAGAGUUGUGCUGACUGCCAACGCCAAAGAGGAUGCUGCUGUCGGUUCACUGGAGAAAUUGACUUGUGCCAGAGACCGAAGUAAUAGUCACUGGCGUUGCCCAUGCAGUUUGCCUCCUUCUUUUUCCAUUCAGCAAGAUUUAGUGAAUAUUUGCCAAGGUAGUUUACGACACUACCAGAACUUGGUCACACACCGAGGGGAAAAGGACAUCGAUAGAAAUUGUUAA